AUCACCGACUACCAGCAAUAGAGUCGACUCAAGAAAAGGUUAUUUUGAGAGAGAGAGACAGCAAGUCAAUCAGAUUCAAUGACUCCUUACCAGUUGUCACUUUUUUCCCUUCUCAAGAUAAAUUAACUAAACAGUGUUAUUUGGAUUUCAAGAAAAUCUAGCUCGAGUAGCAGCAGAAGAAAGCACAAGUAAUUGUGAUUUCUUGAGAAGGAAAUCUUAUUAGUAGUAGAUACUACAUACAGAUAGAUAAGGAAUGGCAACGAAGAAGCAGCAAGCGGCAGCGGUGAAGGUGGGGUUGGGGUUAAUGGCGGUGUGUAUAGCAGGAUACAUUCUGGGGCCGCCUCUUUACUGGCACUUGAAAGAAGGGUUUGUUGCUGUUGCUCGAUCUUCUCCAAUUUGCUCUCCUUGUGACUGUGAUUGCUCUUCUCAGCCUCUCCUCUCCAUUCCUCAAGGAUUGAGCAAUGCAUCAUCCUUCACAGAUUGUGCGAAGCAUGACCCAGAGGUGAAUGCAGAUACUGAGAGGAAUUUUGCAGAGCUACUGAAAGAGGAAUUGCAGCUGCGGGAAACUGAAGCACUAGAGAAUCAGCAGCGGGCUGAUAUAGCUCUGCUUGAGGCUAAGAAGAUUGCAUCCCAGUAUCAAAAGGAAGCUGACAAAUGCAAUUCGGGGAUGGAAACCUGUGAAGGAGCAAGGGAGAAAGCAGAAGCCACAUUAGCAGCACAAAAGAAAUUGACAUCAAUCUGGGAGCUAAGGGCGCGUCAAAGAGGAUGGAAAGAUGGGGCUGCCAAGUCCCAUACCUAAUCUCAGGGAAAUGUCCAGUCUGUGUAAAAGAUCUCCGUGGCCUCAUGAAACCUGCUCCUCUUCUUGGUGCUGUGGUAUUAUAUUCACAGCCAAGUUAGCAUGAUUUUAUAUUUGAGAUUGUAACAGUCAAGUAUACCGUCAUCAAGAAGCCUUUUGAAACUAUCAAGCUGUUUAAAAAGCCCAAAGUGCAUUCCUGCUAUUCCUGCUAGUAAAAUGUUUUGCUUGUAAGUAGAGGUUGAUUUAUUUAAUUUAAUUAAAAAAAUAGCAGAUAAUAUGUCUGCAAGUGUCUAGCUUGCUCCUGCUGUGAUUUUUCAA